CCAGAGCUGAGGAUGGUUCUGUUGGGUUGCACUGGUGCUGGAAAGAGUUCCACUGCCAAUGCAAUAUUAGGAACAGUAGAUUUCAGAGAGACUGAAACCACCAAGUGUGAGAUGAGCAGCAGGAUUGUGGAGGGUAGAAACAUCUCAGUGAUUGAUACUCCAGGAAUGAACAACACCUCACUGACGGAAAAACAAUGGAGAAUUGAAAUACAAAGGUGUGCAGAGCUUUCUCAUCCUGGUCCUCACGUAUUCCUGCUGGUGAUCCGACUCUGGAACUUUACAAAGGAGGAUAGAAAAGCUGUCUGGUGGAUUCGGGAACACUUUGGAGAAGAAGCUCUGAAGUUCACAGUGAUACUGUUCACAGGGAGAGAAGAACUGUCACAUAGACAGUGGAGGAAGUUCUCUCAGGAUGCUCAAACUCUGGAUUUUAUCAGGAACUUCAGAGGUCAUUAUUUUGCAAUGAACAGCAAGCGAGAGGUUAAUCCAAAUCAGAUCAAAAAACUGUUGCAGAAGGUCGAGACUGUGGUCCAAUGCAAUGGAGGUCUCUACUACCCUCAAGAGAUGUCCGAGGUUCAGAAUAAGAACAUUAUGGAAGAGACACAAGAGGAAGAAAGACAGACAAGUUGGCAAGAGGAGGAUCAAGUCAGUAAGAAGCAAACGCUGGAGAGAAAAUCAAAUGCAGAAGACCAGACGAAGGAAACCCAAGAGAAGACAAUUGAAAAAGAAGAACCUCAAUGGAAUACAGCAGAGGAAAUCCAAACAUGGCUAGCAUCAGGUGCAAGGGGAGGUGAAAACAGAGCUUCAAGCUGUGAGAGUGAUAAUGAAAGCUUAGAAAGAAAUGACAUGAUGAAGCUUGAACAUAAGAUAGAAGAAAAGACGUUAUGGAGACUGGAAGAGCAAAAUGAGGAGUUGGAAUCCAUCCCGUCUGAUUUGAGACAAAUAUUAGAGAAUAUUGAGGAACAGGAGGAGAGAGGAGCCACAGGUGGAGGACUCGAUUCAGUGAGUGAUCUGAGGAUUGUGCUGCUGGGUGGUACUGAAGUUGGGAAAAGCUCAUCAGGAAACACCAUCCUGGGCAGAGAGGCGUUCGGUAAAGAACGUUUCACUGAUACCAUAGAUGCCUGGAGACAUGAUGGAGUUCUGAAGAAUAAAACCAUCACUGUGGUCGACACUGGUCAUUUGUUUGACCUGAUGUGUGGAUGUGUGAAUGAUGAAGUGGCUCCAUGGCUCAGUGAUCUAAUGGAUCAGUUUUUCGCCCUGUGUAAUCCUGGUCCUCAUGUGUUUUUGGCUGUUGUGAAAACUCCUGGUGACUCAAUCGAUAUGAUUUCUUCAAUAAACAGAGUAUUCGGGUCUGAAUUUUUGAAACGAACUUUAAUCCUGAUAACCCAUGGGGACGAAUGUGGAACAGACACUUUAGAGAAGACACCAGACCUGCAAAGGUUUAUCGAUGUGUAUGAAGUAGGGUGUCACGUCUUCAACAACAAGGAGAAAGAAGAUAGAACUCAGGUCACAGAGCUGCUGGAGAAGAUCCAGGUCUUAAUGCAGAAGAAUGAAGGGAGGUGUUACACAACUGAGAUGUACCAGAACAGAAAGAUUGAGGUCUUGGUAGAGAAUAAUGAAGGUAGGUUCACUAAAUGA